AUGUCCACUACCUCCUCUUCUGACCACAACGGCCUUCUCUCAAUGUCACCUGAACCAAACGUUUUGACGCAGAGCAUGCAACAACGAGCUUCACCGGCCUUUUCGCUAGAUUCAUCAUCAAACCCGUUAUUAAUAAACGUAAAUUAUCAGCCACUACCAUUAGUUACCAUCCACAAAAGCUGGGUGCCAUCGAUUCAAGGAUCAUUGAUUCCUCUAAUGUUCCAAUACGAUCACGACCACCAACAUAUACUGGCUGAAGCUGAUGGCCAGAUUAAGAAACUGUCGACGUCGGCUCAGCCUGAUGAAGUGAAUGUAUAUCUGGUCGCUGCGAGGGAUGUUUUGACUAAGCAAAUCGAGUACUAUGAGAGGGCCCUGAAUGUAUUGGCUCCCACGUCUUCCGGAGCUUCUCGUCAACCUGUCGGUCAGACUCAACAACAGGAAUACGACGAUGAGGACGAAGAGGAAGACAAGGAAGCUAUACAUGUUAUAAAACAACGUGGUCCAGCUCCAAAGAAAGCUAAAGCUCUGCAACAAAACACUGGUCGUGGUGUCUCGCGUACUCCUCGUCCUCGUCCUCAUAACAGUACUCGUCAUAAUUCUGAUCAAGUACAAAUCCUGCUUGAUUCAUACAAUCGCAAAGAGUACUUGACUCCAACUGAACGUGUUCGUCUUGCGAACGAAACUGGCUUGACUCAAAAGCAAGUCGUUGCUUGGUUCACCAACAAACGUUCUCGAGACCCUCAGAGGCAACAAGGAAAAACAGUGCAAGAUCGAUACUCUUCUGCUUUGCCCUCUUCCAAACGUACGAAACGUAGUUCUCGUCGUAAAUCACUUGAAGAAGAAGAAGGGUUGUCUGAGGAUGAGUACUUGGGUAAUGAAUAA